AUCGUCACCCCAAACACAGCACACUCGUGAAUCCUUCGCAUAUCCGUCAUCCAUCACACAUGAGCACCAUCCAAACCGAUACCAUCUUGCUGUUCAGUCAUGUCAGCAAGAUAUACUCGAACACCGCCUUGGAUUUGAAGGCGAGUCUUUGCGGGCUUCAAGAUCAAUGCCACUCUGUCGAUGACGGAAUCUGGUUCGGCUCAUGGGCUACAUUCAUCGACACUGUGCACACCUAUGUAUCAAGACUCAUCCAUCAUGGCGAAUAUUUGAAGGAGCGAUAUGACUUCGCUGAAAUAGGUGCCCGGCAGCUCUACCGGGUUCGCUAUAUGAUCGAGAAAUUCAAGGACGACUUCGAGACCGGCUAUAUCGCACAACCCGAAGCCGUCCAAUAUCUUCUCUGCAGAUGGCGGCUCCACAAGAUCCGAGAGUAUCGCACAAAGCUCUCGGUCAUCGUCGCAUCCGCCCUCCAGAAUCUGAAGGCCAAGGCCUCCAUCGAAAAUGAUCGGUACAUCGUGGCGAUCAACAACAUUCUUCGGAGACAAUUGGGGGAUGACGAACGCUCCAUCCAUCGGAGUAUUUAUGAGGUCAAAGGUCAACUGUAUAGCAUCUUCAGACCGCCGUCGAGGGACGAAGAAAUUCCGAAGAUCAUUAGGAAGCUCAAGCAGGUCCUCGAACUCGAAAUCGCGAAUGGAGCUAGUGGGUCAUGUAUUCACGAAGGUGCCCGGUACCUGAUCGACCGUUACAAGCGAAGCCUCGGCACCCAGUCGGCAUACAUCCCACCCACGUGGAGUAUCCCAGAAGAAAAUCUCGUCAGCAAGCGAGGUGUCGCCAAACACGUCCUUGAUGAUGAGACCUGGACUAUUAUGAAGGCACGAUAUUUUGGGACCGGAGUGAUCCUCCUCCAAAAGGAUGACCUCAGCCCCGUCGAGUUGAAUCGGUUUCGAGUCUCCGUUUCCAAGUGGAUCAACCUUCGUCAUCCGGCGAUCGAGAGUCUUAUUGGGGUUUGCGACGAUGGUCCAAAUGUCGCUCUGGUGAAGAGUCUAUAUCGACAGCCGUUGGCAAGGACACUGAAGCAGUACCGGACCAAUUUAAGACAGGAUCGAUGUCUUCCUCUGCGAAUGCGCUGGAUUCAUGAGGUUGCAACAGGCAUGGCCUAUAUCCACAAGCAUGGCCUCGUUCAUGGGGAUCUCCGGCUUGAAAACAUCGUCAACGACCGGUACUGUGUCCAAAUCACAGUCAACUCAUGUAUCCACCGAGACAUCCAAGGUCGCCCUGUACAACGAGACGGAGUGUCGUAUGCCCCAGAGCUGCGUCGAAGGUUCCCAGCCGAACCCACGAUGGCCACAGACGUUUAUGCCUUUGGCAUCCUUAUGUGCUAUCUCAUUUACUGUCGACCGCCGGAAGUGUUGCAGCAUAUCGAGAAGAUGACACAGCCCGUCGAUGGUAUUCCUGCAGAGUACACUAAGCUGAUUGCUCAAUGCUUCGACUCUGAUCCAAGGAAGAGACCAAGCUUCGACGACAUCCUAUACAUCCUCGAAGACUUUGAAACUAUGGGUGGACUUGACAGACAUUCUGUUGAAACCCGGAAUCGGAUCACACAGAGCCUUGUAUCGACCGAAUACGAGUUUGAAGUCGUCGACAGCGGUAGUAUCCAACAGUUCGAAGUUGACAAGGUGUCGACGAGAACCGAAACCGAUAUAUUCGCCGAUCCAAACGCUGAAUUCGAUCCAUUUGCCAUGGACGACGCCCUUCUGGCCACAAUCCUUCAGGAUCCCAUCGACGGCGACGAUCCUUUUGAAUUCAUCGAGCAAAUCCAUAAUUCGCUCGAUGAAGCUGUCAGCAACAAGCAUAAACCACCAUCACCUGAGGUUCAGACGGAGCAACCACCGGGCAUCACACUCGACCCACGGAAAACGACACAGCAGCACAUCGAAGCGGCUGCUACCGCCAUCGACAACGGUGGUAUCGGUUUAUAUGUCCAGUAUGUCCGGGAGAUCUUACGCAGCAACACAAACCCGGCCAUAUACCAUGAACCCGGCUGGACCGACAUCUAUAGGGCGAUGCAAAACAAGAUCAGCACGAAGCAAACAUCAUUUUGCGAACGCCUCGAAUACCGGUUCAACAUGGGAUGGCAUCAUAUCAUUGGACUCGGGUGCAAUGUUAAUGCCACCAGUGCAUAUGGGCAGUGGAAUCAUAUCACCAAGCACUGCAAGGCACACAUCAAACAGGGUCGAUCGGUGGAGAUCGUCCAACCAUACCUUGAUACCGUUCAGCCGUUACGCUUCUGGCGGCUCGCCGCUGGACAUUUGAGUUUCCCUGACUGGAAGAAUGCAUUUGAAGAAGUCGCAAAUGUGCGGAUGGAAUGUGGAGCUGACCAGGACACUUCGCGAAUGGCAAAGCAAUGUUUCCUCUGGUGUGAACUGGCGUCGCGAAACGACAAGUUUUUCGAGUUUAUUCUCGCCACAUUCUACAUUACCGGAUAUGGGAUAACUCCGUCGAUCGACAAAGCCAUCGGGGUUCUCAGUCCGUUGAAGGAUGGGAUGUAUGCCGUCGUGGUAGCCGAGCGCCUUGCCUACUGCAUUGCUCGGAGCAACAGGACAUAUCCCGGUCUUGAAACUAGCGGCCUUUUGGAAAAAGCAGUCGACAAGGGAAACCCGCUGGCAAUGAAGGCUUUGGCAACAAUUUUAAUCGAUCUUUAUGAACUUAUGCCUGAAACUCGGCGCGAUAGAGAACUGGUCGCCAAGGCAAGGGAUCUUUUGAUAUCCGCCCACAACAACAACUGUCCAGGAGCCCGUGAAAAGUUACAGGAGCUGGUGCAGUUGUAUGGAGGAUGAAACAACA